UCUCUCACACAUAGUCACAGACAGAAUUUACAGAUUUUCUCUCUCUACAGUAUUUUCCCACCCUAUCUAUUCGGUAGCUCUUCCUCUUCCUUCAUCUUUUCAAAUGAUCCAUCGACCUUUUUCAUACACUAUAAGCCGCCAUACUCCAUACCUCAAUGUAGGCUAUAGCCGUUUCAUUCAUUAAAAGCACAAGAAUCUAUACACACAGAAGAAAGCCGCAUUCUAUGAACCAUCGGAGAACAAAUUGCUUCAAAAUCUGUGAAACGGUUGCCUAUUUGAUGAAGAGAAUAGUAUGUUGAAGAAGAAGAAGAUGAAAGGUUUCGAAGAAGAAGAGAAGGUACGUUCUCGUACGCAGAUUGCUACACGGAGAGUUACUCCAACAAACGGCGUAACUGAUGAUGAUACAUCAGAGAAGUUUCUGCCUAACGGAGAUCUAUACAUCGGGAGAUUCUCUGGUUAUCUUCCGCAAGGAUUAGGGAAGUAUCUAUGGAAAGACGGAUGUAGAUAUGAAGGAGAAUGGAAGAGAGGAAAAGCGAACGGUAAAGGUAAGUUCUAUUGGCCUUCUAGUGCUACUUUCGAAGGUGAGUUUAAGGCAGGUAGAAUGGAUGGAUUUGGAACGUUUAUUGGAUCUAAUGGCGAUUCGUAUAGCGGUUAUUGGUCUUGUGAUAGGAAACAAGGAUAUGGAGUUAAACGAUAUGGUAAUGGAGAUUUCUAUGACGGUUCGUGGCGGAGAAAUGUUCAAGAUGGAUAUGGAAGAUAUGUUUGGAAGAGUGGGAAUGAGUAUGUUGGUGAUUGGCGUAAUGGAGUUAUUAAUGGAAGAGGGAGAUUGAUUUGGGCGAAUGGAAAUAUGUAUGAUGGAAGUUGGGAGAAUGGAUUUCCGAAGGGGAAUGGUGUGUUUACUUUGCUUGAUGGAAGUUGUUUUAGUGGUUUAUGGAGUAAGGAUGGAGAAUGGAAAUGUAAAGAACCGAUAAAGAAGAUGCAGAUGGAGAUUCUGAAUCGGGCUUUCCAUCCUGGAAAUAAUACUCCGACGAAGAGAUCAUCUGUUGAAGUAUCGAGAGGAAGCAGCUGUACAGGUAGGAAUUUACCGAGAAUCUGCAUAUGGGAAUCGGAUGGGGAAGCAGGCGAUAUAACCUGUGAUAUACUUGACAAUGUUGAGGCUUCGAUGUUCCAUAGACAAGGUGGAUUUCGCCAUUUUCGCCCUAGUUCAUGCUGUUUCGAUGGGGAGGUGAAGAAGCCUGGACAGAUGAUUUCAGAAGGGCAUAAGAAUUACUCUUUGAUGCUCAAUCUUCAACUUGGUAUCAGGUAUUCAGUUGGUAAGCAUGCCUUAAUUGAUCGAGAACUGAAACAGAGUGAUUUUAAUCCAAACGAGAAGUUUUGGACUAGGUUUCCUCCAGAAGGAUCAAAGACAACACCAAUUCAUCAAUCUAGUGAAUUUCGAUGGAAAGAUUAUUGCCCAAUUGUAUUCAGACAUCUUAGGGAACUAUUUAAAGUCGAUCUUGCUAAUGAUUACAUGCAAGCAAUUUGUGGAAACGGGGCUUUAAGAGAACUUUCAUCUCCAGGAAAGAGUGGAAGUUUCUUUUACCUUACACAAGAUGAUAGGUUCAUGAUUAAAACAAUCAAGAAAUCCGAACUUAAGGUGCUCAUUAAGAUGUUACCAAAUUAUUAUCAUCAUGUCUGUUGCCACAAAAAUUCACUGGUGACCAAGUUCUUUGGCGUCCAUUGUGUCAAACCUGUUGGCGGCUUUAAGACACGAUUUGUGGUUAUGGGGAACUUUUUAUGCUCGGGUUAUCCAAUACACAGAAGGUUCGACCUUAAAGGAUCAUCCUUUGGCCGGACAGCGAAUAAGCCUGAAGAAGAGAUUGAUGAAACCACCACCCUAAAGGAUCUCGAUCUCAAUUUUGUUUUUCACCUUGCCAAGGAUUGGUUCAAUGAACUUAUUGAGCAAAUUGAUCGGGAUUGUGAAUUCUUGGAAAUGUCGAGGAUAAUGGAUUACAGUCUCUUAGUGGGUAUUCACUUCCAAGACGAUACGAAAACUGGUGAUGACAAGUUCAUGCCUUUUCUUCAUGAACAAGAAGAAGAAGAAAUAUUGGAUGAUGAUGAUGUCUUACCUGGCAGGAAACCCGCAAUGAGAUUAGGAGCAAACAUGCCAGCAAGGGCUGAAAGAGUGGAUAGGAGGACCGAUUUCGACCCAUCAUCAUUGUCGUGUUCAUCGUUUGGUCAUCAUCAUAUACACAAUGUCGUUAUCUAUUUUGGCAUAAUCGACAUAUUGCAGGAUUACGACAUUAGCAAGAAGCUUGAACAUGCAUACAAAUCCCUGCAAGCCGAUCCAGCCUCGAUAUCUGCUGUGGAUCCUAAGCUUUACUCAAAGAGAUUCCGCGAUUUCAUCUUCAGAAUUUUCAGAGAAGAUUCAACAUCAUCGUCGUCGAAUCUCUCCUACCACUGCGGGUGAUUUGAUUUAUUCUUGUAAAAAAUGAUUGGUUAAUUAUUAUUAUUGGGUGGUGAAGAAAAAUGGAAAUAUAGAGAUAGAUCAUCAAGAUAGUUAGAUAGAUGGGAAUUGAUUAGUCAUAUUGAGUUUGUGUUUGUAUAUAGGAGGAUGAAAAUGAAUGAUUGUGAAAGGUUUUGGAAAUAUUUGAUUUAUUUU